AAAAACUAAAUGAAUUUGAAUUGUCAACAGACAGGCCCACAGACAGGCCGUUACGAAACAGAAAAUAAAACUGUAAACAAAGUCCACAGAGGUUUAUUCAAAAUACGUUAUAUGGAAAAUAGAACAAACAGAUAUAAAUGAGUUUAUAAUGGCUGGUCGAUUAUUAAAUAAUAAGAAACAAACAUUAGAAGCACGAGUGCAACAACUUCAAAAUGAAAUUAAUUAUUACGAGAAACGCAUAGAAGAGGCGAAAACUUUCAAGCGUAGUUCUAGUUUUUAUGAUAGUGAUAGUUCAGAUUCCGAUUUAGAGUUCUCAGUGAACGACAGUCAGUCUAUAUUGGAAUUGAAACAGCAACAUGUCAUGCUGAAGACCUGCUACCAAGCUACACAGGAACUAACCGAUGUGAUCGUUGUUCAGUCAGAAGUUAAUAUAUUAACGGAGGACCCUGUUAUUGAAAAUGAGCCUCCGGUUACUGCGCCGGGGCUGUGGAAACAAGUGCUGGCGGAAUGCAGGAUUGAUCUUGUGCCGUUUUCCAUCACAUUUUAUAUGCAUCAAGGGGACAGUCUUUUCGCGCCAAUAUCGUACAGAGCGCUGCAAGUGGUGCCAGUUAAAAAGGCGCAUGAGAUAGAAUUGGCUCAUUCAACGUUAUCAAAAAUGAAACAGCCGAGCCACGCUAUUGAGAUAAUACGAAGCUACGCGGUCGCACAUCGCUCGAGGCGUACAACACUUGCUAAGUUGGCUCAAAAAUAUGCCGAUUCUUUGUUCAUGGAACCCAUGUCCGAUGGCGGGUACAUGUUGAAAUGUGUUAACAUUAUGGAGAUAUCAUGGACGCUACAGUUCAAGUCACACCUCGCGCCUGUCAACCAUGUAAUGAAGUUCAACUUGGAAUAUAUGGACGAGUCCUACAUCAAAAUUAUAACCCAAGCUAAUAGGCAGUUAUCAGAUCCGUCAAUAAAUACAGACGAACGGACAUUAUUACUGGCUAAAAUUAUAAAUACAUGUCUCGAAGCCCAGAAACCCACCCAAGAAUUGCACGAAAGUCUUCAAUCGGAUCCAGAAAGUCUGGAUGGAUUGAAUCCUAAAACACUAGAUAUGGAUGUAGAUAUGCCAACAGAUAGAGACGCGAAAAUGAUGGCCCCACCCAAAUAUGUGCCUAAUAAAACUAAAAAAGUGUCCAAAACAAACCGGGAAUCUAAUAAUAAGUCUCCGCCAAAUUCCUUGAAGGAAAAUAACACACGUGUCAAUUCUGAAAUUGAGAAAAAAUCUGUGCAGAAAAUGCAAAAGAAAUCGGAAAAUAAGAAUUCAGGGAAAAAAGUAAAAACAACAGCAGAUAGUAAAGUUACGAAGAUCGUGAAUGAUAAAUCGAAAACGGUGGCAAAUAAAGAAAAUAAAAUUAGAACAGUGUCCGAGAAAAUUGCGAAGACAGUUACGGAAAAUAAAAAUAGUAAAACUACGCCAGAGGAUAAAGGAAAAGCUAAAAAAAGUGAAAACAAAAUUGUGAAGACAAUAUCAGAAAAUAAGACUAACAUUUCACCAGAUAAGGAAAAAACUAAAACGGCAGAAGGCUCGAAAAGUCCAUCAGAGAAAAAAGUGAAAUCAAAUGUAAAUGGGGCUAAAAUAAAUAAAUUGCCAACGAAGACCGUUCAAACUAAUACAGCUAAAAAGGCAGAUAAUAAAAAAGUACUAGAAAGUGAUUCUGAUUUGAAACGCAAAAAAACUGCGCUUCCUGUGCCGGUUUUAAAAAAUAAUUUCCCGCCUAAAGGAUUACAUUCUAAUAUAAAUAAGGGAUUGAAGCGCUUGUCCCCAAACAAAGGGUUAGAACCUAUAGCUAAGAAAAAGGCUUUACCAGUACCUAUAGUUAAGAAUAUUCCUCCUAAAAUUGUUUCUAAUAAGAUAAAUAAUCAAAAGUUAUCUAAAAUUAAGCCGGGUCGAGAAAAUAUACCGACAUUGGCAAAUGUGUCUAAAGUUAAGAAAUAAACU